UUGGAGACCGGGCCCACAUGUAAUUAUUUCCGGGUUAAGGCUUCUUCUAUUCCGGGAGGCAAAGUGUUACUCAUUCGUCUAACUGAGCGAGGUUAAAUUGGACAUUUUUAAAAUAAUAAUAGCCACAGUUACGAGAUAAUUUAGAACCAUGGCAGUAAACACGGGCACGUCUCUGGUGCUUUCCAGUCUGCUUUCGGUGCUUGUGUUUACCGGCAUGCAGAUGUUCAGUAGGCAACUGGCCUCCACUGAGUGGCUCACCAUCCUGGGGGGUUUCUUGGGUUCAAUCCUCUUCAUUUGCUCCCUCACAGCAUUUAGUAAUCUGGAAAAUAUGUUCUUUGGGAAAGGAUUCCAAGCCAAGAUCUUCCCAGAAAUUCUGCUGUGCUUGUGCCUGUCCCUGUUUGCAUCCGGUCUGGUUCAUCGUGUGUGUGUCACCACAUGCCUGAUCUUCUCCCUCUUCGCCCUGUACUACAUCAACAAAAUAUCCGCUGCCCUCUACCAGGCAGCCGCACCGUUGGCACCACCCACGAAGGUGACCACCAAGGGCAAGAGGAAGAACUGAUAAAGAACUGAUGGAUGAAAACAAACAUCCUGCUUCUGAUAGAAACUUUUAUUGGCCAGCUCCACAUUCCAGUAAAGAGAUUACGUCAACCCAUCGAGUUACUAUUUGUUCAACGCAUUUUCAUUUUGUAAUUAAAUUCCUCGAAAACCUUACAAUGUGUC